AUGCCGGUGCUGAAGCAGCUCGGCCCUACGCAGCCCAAGAAGCGACCGGAGCGCGGCGCCCUGUCCAUCUCCGCGCCGCUUGGCGACUUCCGGCACACGCUGCACGUGGGGCGCGGCGGCGACGCCUUCGGGGACACCUCGUUCCUGAACCGCCACUGCAGCGGGCCGCCUCCCGAACCCCGGGCACCGCCCAUGGGGGCUCCGCGCUGCACGCCGCCGCCCGCGGUCCCACAGCCCCCGGCGCCCGCGCUCCUCGAACCCGCCGACCCGCUGCUGUCCUUCCACCUGGAUCUGGGCCCCUCCAUGCUGGACGCGGUGCUGGGUGUCAUGGACGCUGGGCACCCGGGGCCGGCGGCCGCCAAGCCCGGCCUGGACCCCGGCUCCGAGACCCAGCACCCCCGGGCCCACUGCCGCCCCAGCGCGGACCUCGAGCUGGACGACGUCAUCGGCCUGUAG